AUGAUACAUUUAGCUGAUACUGAAGUGGAGGAAAACUUCGAACGUUUGAAUAUCAGCACCUUACUGAUACCCGGCUCCGUGCCACGCACGAAUGGUCAGGGGUAUGGGACAAAGAAGCGGCUCUACAUUGGGCGGCUUCUGAGAGUCACGGGGACCGCGCCGCCUGCCGCCGGGAAGAAACGCGGUUCCGGCCAGCGUCGGCGACCCGAGCUCCGGCCGCGCCUCCCUCCGCGUCUCGGCCCACUUGCGGUGGCACUCGGCACCGAAGCCGGACACCUCUACUGCCCGUUAGAGCAAAAACAAUGGCCGAGCCGGAAGCGAGACAGGCCUCGACUUCCGCCCCCUCCGGGAUCCCGGAAGUCUCGUUUGCGAAGGUGGGCGCGCGCGUCCCCGCACCCGGGAGAGCUGUCAGGGCUUUAUUCUCGGCUGUGCCCGGCCACCUGCCGCGGGCGGGGGCGGGGUCUCGCGACGGCUCAGGCCACUCACAUCCCGCUCUCAGGCCAUAGUCGGGGGAUCCAGACGCGUCCCAGCUCUACCCCCUCUCCUCCAGGUGUCCUUCGGAAAGAUACCCAACCUCCAAGCCUGUUUUCUCAUCUGAAAAAAAUGCAGAGCAUAAUGCGUACCUCACAGGGCUGGGAGCACCGAAUGAGGAUUGAGGCCAUCAAGCUACAGAUGGUCUUACAAAUGGAACCCCAAAUGCUCAACUAACAACUUUACCGAGGACCCCUGGAUCGACCCACUGGCCCUCUGACUGGCCUAGAGAUUUUCCCUCUGGAGGACACUACCACUGCAGAGCCCCUUCUUCACCCCUAUCCAGCAGGAAUUAGCUAGAGUGGUCAUCACCCAAUUCCCAACAGCAGUUGGGGAGUCCUGUUUAGAGGGGGGAUUGAAAGGUGAAGCCAGCUGGACUUCCUGGGUCGAGUGGGGUCUUGGAGAACUUUUCUGUCUAGCUAGAGGAUUGUAAAUGCACCAAUCAGCACUCUGUGUCUAGCUAAAGGAUUGUAAAUGCAUCAGUUAGCACUCUGUAAAAAUGUAUCAAUCAGUGCUCUCUGUCUAGCUAGAGGAUUAUAAAUGCAACAGUCAGCACUCUGUAAAAUGGACCAUUCAGCAGGACAUGGGUGGAGACAAAUAAGGGGAUAAAAGCUGGCCACCCCAGCCAGAAGCAGCAACCUGCUUGGGUCACCUUCCAUACUGUGGAAGCUUUGUUCUUUCACUCUUCACGAUAAAUCUUGCUGCUGCUCA